AUGGAAUUGGAUGUGGUGGAUGGAGGACGUGAAAAGGCUUAUCAGAUUGCGAUUGUUAUUUCGCUUAUCAGUGCUUGUUUGCCACUUGUAGCAGUUAUUACAUGGCUGUUGUCAGUUGGUUAUCACACUGGUCAUCUCAGCCAUCAACUGCAGAAUGUGCUUCUGUGCGAACUCGAUCCUGUUCUCCAGUAUCUGAGUUGUUCUGGAAAUCCAGCAAAAUGCCGGUGGCAAAAUCAUCGAAAAAUUCGUGAUCUGCCAAUUCGUCUAGUUUCGCCCAGUCGACCCGACAAUACCGUAGCAUUGGAUUUGGCGAAUUUGAGGCAAGCGAGCUGGAGAAUUGCGGAAGAACCAAACGUGUUGUACAGAGAGUCCGCGAGAAAAAUUGGUACCGAAUCCGACAAAUCUUCUGAACUAUCCUCAGAUUCUGAACUGAUGCUUAUGUCUACACAGGAAUCUGCACAAUCCACAACGGAGCUUCUUCAGGAAUUCUUAACAACGUAUGUAACAACAAUGGGAAGCCUAAAAACUACGACGCCACAGGCAAGUAGAAAUGAGGAAUGCAGCUGUACCGCUUUGCCCGGCCCUAAAGGUGUUCCAGGCCGGAAAGGAAUGAAAGGUGCUCCUGGAGCUCAGGGGGCACCUGGAUACCCAGGACGAUUGCCCUGUGAACCACCGCUUGAUUUAAAAAAAAUAUGCGCCGAUCCAUGUCCGGUUGGAAAGCAAGGAAUUCAGGGACCAACGGGUCCACCAGGUGACAAAGGCGUUCCGGGAGUUCCAGGUGCACGUGGUAGAAAUGGUGAAAACGGAAAAACUGGUCCUCCAGGGCCAAGAGGCCCUCCAGGGAUUCCAGGAUUGGACGGUGAUCUUGGUGAUCCCGGUGUUGAUGCAGUGCCGGCUCCGUUCAUACCUGGGCCACCCGGGCCAGCUGGAGAUGCUGGACCGGUUGGGCCGCCAGGACCGCGCGGAAUGCCCGGAAUUGAUGGGCCACCGGGACCGCAGGGUAAACGAGGAGAACCUGGUGAGAAUGGACUGGCAGGCAAAACAGGUUUGCCUGGAUUGCCGGGACCAAUUGGAAAAGCGGGACCAGAUGGCAAUGCUGGGAUCUGUCCGACAUAUUGUGCUACGGAUGGUGGUGUGUUUUUCGUUAAACCACCGGAUUGGUUCGUGGAUUAA